CUCGUUCUUGGAACCAGGGUUUUGACUCGGCGCUACUCGCGAGCUCUCCCACUCUCUCUCUCUCUCUCUCUCUCUCUCUCUCUCUGUCGCAGCUUCGCAGGAUUUGGGGAAAAUUAGCCAUGAUUUCUACGCAGAGGAGCCUCUCGGGGUCUUCAUCGCAAAGCCCAAGAUCUCCCUCUUCUCCUUUGGAGCCGUUUCUCUCGGUUUCGGUCACUGAUCCCGUGAAGCUGGGAAAUGGUGUCCAGGCCUACAUCUCUUACCGCGUGAUCACCAAGACUAAUUUCCCGGAAUAUCAAGCGCCGGAGAAGAUUGUGAUCCGGCGGUACAGCGAUUUCGUGUGGCUGCGUGAUAGGCUUGCAGAGAAAUUCAAGGGGAUAUUCAUUCCUCCUUUGCCGGAGAAGAGCACUGUCGAGAAAUUCCGGUUUAGUGCUGAAUUUAUUGAGAUGAGGUGUCAGGCUCUGCAUGUGUUCAUAAACAGAAUAGCUUCACACCCUGAUCUUAAGCAAAGUGAGGAUUUACGAACCUUUUUGCAGGAAGAUGAAGAGACAAUGGAGAGAGCAAGAUCCCAAGAGACUGGUAUUUUCAAGAAAAAACCUGCAGACUUGAUGCAAUUAUUUAAGGAUGUACAGUCAAAGGUAAGUGAUGUUGUCCUUGGAAAGGAAAAGCCUGUUGAAGAAACUGAUCCAGAAUAUGAGAAACUAAAAAAUUAUAUCUUUGGUUUGGAAGACCAUCUGGCUGAGGCACAGAGGCAAGCUUUCCGUCUAGUGAAGCGUCAUAGAGAGCUGGGAGAUUCAUUGGCAGACUUUGGAAAAGCUAUCAAACUGUUGGGUGCUUGUGAAGGAGAAUCUCUUGGGAAGGCAUUCUCUGACCUAGGAUCAAAGUCAGAAAUGUUAUCAAUGAAGCUGCAGAAAGAGGCUCACAAUCUUCUGAUGAACUUCGAAGAACCGUUGAAAGAUUAUGUACGAACAGUUCAAUCAAUAAAGGCAACAAUGGCAGACAGGGCCAGUGCUUUCAGACAGCAAUGUGAAUUGGCAGAGACAACCAAGUUGAAGGAGAUUAAUCUAGACAAGCUGACACUUAUGAGAUCUGAGAAGGCUGGAGAAGCAGAAAUCGAAUACAAGGAGUUGAAGGCAGAAAGUGAGGAGUCAACCAGAAGAUUUGAGACAAUUGUCAAGUUAAUGAGCGAAGAGAUUGUCCGGUUCCAAGAACAGAAGACUGCAGACUUGGGACUUGCGUUCCAUGAAUUUGCCAAAGGACAGGCAAAGCUUGCUAAUGACAUUGCCAAUGCAUGGCGGAGUCUUCUUCCUAAAUUAGAGGCUUGUUCAUUAGCUUAGUUAGAUUAUUGUUAUAAUUGUGGUCGGAAUUGGGUAUGUUUGAACGUCAGUGAGAUCUGUAUAUUGUGUUUUUAAAGACAUUCAAUCCUGUUCAGAAUUAGACAUGAUUUACGAA